AUGAACCAUACUUGGUUGAAUACUGUGGAGAAGUAUGUUCAGGAGGUGAGGCUCUGCCGAGACAAUCGGCUCCUAGAAUCUGGGAAGAAACUCCACGCCGCUUUGGCCACGAACACGCUGCUCGCAUCAGACAGGUAUCUAAACAACCAUCUCAUAGACAUGUAUUGCAAGUGUGGGAGCCUGAGUGAUGCCCGGGAAGUGUUUGACAAGAUGCCCUCCAAGAAUUUGUUCUCGUGGACGAUGAUAAUCUCGGCAUACACGGAUGAUCUUCACGGUGGUCUACUUCACACCGAGGCGGUGGAGCUCUUCCAUUGGAUGCUCUUAGAAGGAUUGAAGCCCAGGGAUUCUUUCGUUUUCACUGCCUUGCUUGGUUCCUGUGCCCAGGUGGGCGAUUGUAGAACAGGCUCUUGGAUCCAUUCCAGUUUCUUGACAGGCCGUUUCUUUCGAGAUGUUGUGGUAGGCACUGCGCUCAUCAACAUGUAUGGCAAAUGCGGGGCUGUCCGUGAUGCCUUUAUUGUGUUCCAACAUAUGGAACACAAGAACUCGUUCUCGCGGAACGCCAUGAUCGAUGCUUUUUGCCGCUCAGGGGGCGUUCGAGAGGGGCUGGAUGUCUUUCGAGGGAUGCAGCUUGAAGGCGCGAGACCGGAUUCUAUCACUUUUGUUCUUCUCUUGGAUGCCCUCUCGGGCGAUCCAGAAGCGAAAGUGAUAUACCACGGGAAGGCUUUGCACAAGCUGAUGCUAUCGUGUGACUUUUUUGUGGCUUCCAAUGUUGUUCUUGCGACUUCUCUCAUGAACAUGUAUGGAAAACUUGGUUUUUUAGAGGAUUGUAAAAAUUUGUUUGACUGGAUGAGCGUGAAGACGGUGGUAACUUGGAAUGUAAUACUUUCUGCGUAUGCCCAAAGGGGGCAUAUAAAGAGUUGUAAAGUUUUGCUCCACACGAUGGAGCUUGAAGGUGUAAAACCAGAUGAGGUUACGUUCACCACGUUAACUGGGACUUGCUCGGAUGUUUUAGCUUUACGAUCACUGCACCAGCGAAUCUCUAUGGAUGAUCUCUUAACUGUUCGUGUUUCAAAUGCAUUGAUCACAAUGUACGGAAGGCUAGAAGAUGUUGUCUCUGCAAGGCGGGUGUUUGAUGGUAAUCUAGAAAAAGAUCGAGUCUCUUGGAAUGCACUGAUUGCAGCGUAUGCCCGAAACGGCCAUGGUACACUUGCGUUCCAAAUGUACCGGUUGAUGAACUUGGAGGCUUAUCGUCCAAACCUCGUCACUUUCGUGUGCGUUCUUCGAGCUUGCACUUGUAUAGAAGAAGGUAGAACGAUUCACCGGCAUGUUGCAGAAAGUAAGCUUGUGUCCGACACAAUGGUUGGAACUGCGCUUGUGACAAUGUAUGGCAGCUGCGGAAGCUUGAACGAUGCUGUAGGGAUCUUUGAGAGUUCGAUCGUGAAGAACGAGAUUACCUGGACUUCCAUACUGGUCGUUAGCGCCCAGCAUCAUCACCAUCACGACGUUUUGGAGCUCUACUCGGCCAUGGUCUUGGAUGGAAUCGAUCCAAACCACGUAACUUUCGUUGCACUGCUCUUCUCGUGUUGCCACCAUGGACUGCCGAGCGAGGCCUUGAGUUUCUAUCGAUCCAUGACUCCGGAUCACGGGAUAGAGCCAAACCUUUUCCACCUUGCGUGUGUUUUCGACACGCUUGCAAGAGAAGGAUUUAUCACUGACGUGAUCAAAGAUUAUCUGGACCUAUCAAGUAAACGCUUGAGAGAUUGCUCCAAGGAAUGUAACGAUGUUCUCUGGACGAGCCUCUUGAGUGGAUGUACAAUCCAUGGAGACAAAUACAACGCCAAACAAGCUGCAAGAUCGGCACUUAGAUCCAAUGCUAAAAACUCGGCAGCAUACUCAUUCGCUUUGAAAGACUUCUGCAACUCUAACUUAGCCUUUAGUGCUGGCUCUAACUGGAUGCUUUCUGUGACUUGUUAUGGAGAUGCCAUUGCCAAGCUCCUGCGUGAAAAGCUGUUGGCAUUGCUCACGCAAAAGCCCGUGAUGGAGCUACGAGGCCAAAGUGCCAGAUCUGCACCCCAUACCAUACCAGAAGCUCUUCGAAUUAACCCCGGAGCUGAAAGAUGCCCUCUCGCUGUUGAAGCGCGCCAAGCUCGCGGGCGUGCUCCUCGACCCUAUCGAAGAGGUGGCGGCCAGGGUCGCCCUGAUGUCUAUGCCAUGUAUCUGCUCAAGGAAUCUGGGCUUCUGAGCGACGCUGCCAUAGCCAGCUUGGCAAACAGGGAGAAUCGUCAGGCCAUACCCAAGGUGAUGCUCAGGAACAAAAGGUGGUGCGCUUUCCCACUGAGUAUAAUCGAGGCCAUGCUACGUGAGGGCUCAAAAGAUGUGGGCGUGGCUCUAGCCAGCAAGAAGUAA